CAAUUUGGAAAACAACAAUCUCGCUUGUGCCCCCUAAAAACCAAAGAGCGACGACCACAGCGUAACAUAUUUUCCGCCAUCCUGCGAUCACUGAAACCGCCGACCGUCGUGGUAAAUGCGAUUGAAAGGGACUGUUGAAGACAUUUGAAUACAUUGGACGCUUUUCCUCGACCUGAUGCGUGGAUAGAGUAAUACGUAAACUUCAUGGUGAAAGCUCCCUACUACCGCUAAAGCUUCGCUUCAGGUGCAAAUACCGGGAUCGGGCAUACCGAAAACAGCACACACACACAUCCAAGCGUAUACCCAUGCCUUACGCCUCUAGCCGCUCGCAGGAACACUAAGCCCCACUACCCCUCUCCAUGGACGAAGCACGCAUGCAUCCAAACGCUGGCGCCGUGGGCAGAUCACAACCGAUGCCGAACUACGACCAAUUCACGCCAGCCGAUAUGAAAAAGUAUUACCCACCCGGUGCAAUGGCGAAUGUGCCGCCGAAUGUAGCGGAAGGCUCCUCGAUACCGCUACACUUUGCGUCGCUCGCCGGGCUAGAUCUCGGCAAGCGGUUAGGCCAGCCGGAUAUGUACUUCAAAAACCCUUACAACACGGAAAGCGACGAAGAUGGAUCACCGGAGGCUGCCAACGGGAUGCAUCUGGCUGCGGCGGCGGCAGCGGCAGCAGCAGCUGCGGCUGCAUCGGUCACUGGUGGCGGGGCGGCCCAAAAAACCAAACAACCUCGAAAACGGCAAAGUACCGGCAAGCGCAAGCCAAAGCUUCCGAAGGAGGAGUCACCGGCCGAGCUGGCGCUGCGCAAGUUCCCCUGUCCGGAGUGUCCCCUGUCGUUCAAGACGGGGUACCACCUGAAGCGCCACCAUGCGACGAUCCAUCAGGACCAGCGGUUCCCCUGCACGGUGUGCCACACGUCGUACGGGCGGCGCGAGAAGCUUCGUGCGCACAUGGAGCUCAUACACAAGAUUCAAAGCUACUUCGUGUGCGAAAUCUGUCUGGUUUCGUACGAAAGCGAGGAUCUGCUGCAGCGGCACGUGUACCGCCACGAGCACCCGAAGCCGCUCGAGUGCGCCACGUGUCUCACGCCGAACGCGCGCACGUCCGACGGGAACUACAGCGGCAACCAUAUCUGCAUCACGUACCAGAACAGCUACGAGUGUUGUGGGAAGGAUUUCGGGUACCAUUACUACUACAACCGGCACAUGCUGACGGUGCACAACAUUAAGACGAAUGCGCGGGUCAAGAUACCGAAGGGCACGCUGCUGAGCCAGUUUCGCGCAAUGCGCUCCUCGCGAGGAUCGUGAAAUGGGUGUGUGUGUGUUCGUGUUGUCCCCCUCCCAGGAUUAUUUUAGUAUAUAGCAGCAAGUUGUGUACUGGUGCUGGGCUGAGUGCGGUGGCAGCAGGUCUUGUUUGUCCCGGUGACUACGGAAGGUGGAGAACGUUCUUCUUCUUUUUUUAAACAAUAAUUUAACAGCAAAACAAGAGGAUAAAUCUCAACACUGGUCAAGGGAUGGGAAAACCUUUUUACUAGAUUUAAUGGAAGAACAUAUUUUGUGUCCUCAGCUUAUAUCAGUUAAAGUAACUUUCAUUUAAAUGCUGUUAGUUUAACGUGCAAUCUGGAAUUGAGUUGUGUGCGAUUAGUAGUACUUCAAUUCUUCAGAUGAUUGUGUCUGUUUUACUGAUUUUUAAAUAGUCUGAUCGAAGGAAGGACAGAAAGAGAGGCACAGAGAAUCGUGAAUAAUUCAUAACAAAAGGUCAAACACGCUGUACCCUGUUCACAAGCGAGCAUUGCGAGUAGAUAUUUUCUAUAAAGUCUUCUAAACGAAAUUGGGAUUGAAUUUAUGCAACAACUCUUACAUGGACAGCACAGUACAGAGCCAGUCAGUCAGUCAGGCGACCACUAUUCUUCCACCAUCCCGCAUUGAGCCCGUUUCGUACCGCGUUUGGAAGUAUUACACCUCAGCAGCAGCAGCAACAAUAAAAAAAAACGAAAGAAAGUAACAAUCACACAUUUUAAACCCGUCGAAUCGUGUGGUGUGUGAGACGUUAGAAUAAUUGAUUAUUAAAAAUUAAACACUCUUCUACAUGGUCCAGCCCUACGCACGUUGCUGUGUGUAGGUAGGGGUCGGAACUACGUUUAGGCAGUACCAUUUCACAUAGCGCUAAAACACACACAGAAACCCUUUGAAUUUGUAUAUAGUUCGUCCUUCUUUUUGUUUUUCAAGUGUAUCCACCCGGAACAGGGUGGCAGUGGGAGUGUGGAAAACAAUACACAAUUUAAUGGACGAAUAAAACCCGCAAAUCGCAAAGAGUAAAGAA